UGGGCUAUGACUUAAUCCAACACACGCUUAAUGACUAAAGCAACUUUUUCCUGUUCCAACAUUACAUAGACCCUCAGUAGCCACCAAAACAAUCAGCCAACCAACUGUCGUUAUGGAUUAGGUUGACAUAUUCUCCGUGUUGGUCGCUGUCAUCACAAGCCUCGCAGACACUAUCACUGAGACAAACAGCCCCAUUGAGCACCGAGAAGCAGAGCAGCAGGGCGCAUCAAUAAACAUGGAGGAUCGUCAAGGGCAGUCGCAGCCAUCCGAGGUCUAUUUGCCCGGUUCAGAAAACCGGCGCAAUUCCAUGAGAAGCAGCUAUAGCAUUGUAUCCGAGGUUGAAAUGGCUCGUAGUGAGGUUUAUGAUGGUCCAAUGUCAGAGAGUAUACCAUCAAGCGUUGUCUCAUUCUCUCACCGUCGAGAUCGGAAAGACUCUACCACUAGCUUUACAUAUUUUCACGACGAUGAGGAUCACACAUUGUGGCCACCCGAGGACGCAUUGGACGUCGAAAGCGACAUGGACGAUGUGUCCGUGACUGGCUUAAAUGACACAAAUGAAUCGAUACGGUCCUCUAAGCGCCAAUCCUAUUCAAGAGGCUCAGUUGAAGACCCCCUGCUACGGCGGUCAUUAUCUGUUGCCUCGUACGUACAAAAUUGGACAGGCGAAAGUAUAACAAGCCAGAAAGUCCACAUCACCUCAGAAGAUCUUACCAUUGUGAUUGCGGGGUUUUCGACAAGCAUCACUGGUCUUGUACUCUAUUACAUAUUGUGUGCAUUGUCGUUCGGGUUCGCUUACCUGCUCUUUCGAUGGUUUCCAAAAUGGCGCGUUCGCCUCUUAGGUAAACCAGCUCCUCUUUGUGCUUGUAAGUGGGUUGCGAUUGAGGAUCAAUGGAAUCGAUUUCAAGUACAGCAAGUCGACAGUCAAGAUUAUGGACGCCCCUUGUCUACGAUUUUCGCCGAUCCUGACUGCCAUUCAUACGACGAAGAUAAUGACCCCACCAUUGCCCAAGUGAGACGCAUUGAUUACAGAUAUCUUCGCUUCUUUUAUAAUCCGCUCGAGGAUAAAUUCUGCCUGGUGAAUGGGUGGAAAGAUCCCCUAUGGACAAAUGUAAAAGGAAUGAGACUCGGGCUGGAUGCCGAUGAUCGUGACGAUCGCGAACAAAUAUUCGGGAAAAAUCUCAUUGACAUUCAGCAGAAGCCUGCGUUUCAACUGCUUAUGGAUGAGGCUUUUCACCCAUUCUAUAUCUUCCAGCUAGCAAGCCUUGUACUUUGGUCGCUCGAUGAAUAUUACUAUUAUGCUGUAUGCAUAUUUCUCAUUUCACUCAUCAGCAUUGGUGCUACUGUCAUUGAAACAAAAGCGACAAUGAAUCGUUUAAGAGAGCUAUCACUAUUUGAAUGCGACACCCGUGUUCUUCGCAAUGGAUUCUGGAGAUCUAUUCCUUCCCGAGAGCUUGUCCCUGGCGAUGUCUACGAAUUCUCGGAUCCGUCCCUCACGCAAGUUCCUUGUGACUGUAUACUGUUGUCUGGUGACUGCAUAGUCAACGAAAGCAUGCUGACAGGUGAAUCUGUCCCAGUCACGAAACUUCCUCUUACCGAUGAUGCACUGAAGUAUCUGAACCUAACUGGCCCUUCUAUCAAUCCCAACCUUGCAAAGCACUUUCUUUUUAGUGGUACGAAGGUAAUAAGGGCACGGCGCCCACAGAAUGUCGAUGAUGAUGAAGCUAUAGCAUUAGCAGUUGUUGUGAGGACUGGGUUUCUCACAACUAAAGGCGCCCUUAUCCGGUCAAUGCUCUUUCCUAAGCCCUCGGGCUUCAAGUUUUAUCGGGAUUCAUUCCGGUAUAUCUCAGUUAUGGGUAUCAUCGCUAUUCUAGGGUUCAUUGCUUCUUUUGUGAACUUCAUCCGCUUAGGACUUCCUUGGCAAUUCAUUAUUGUCCGAGCACUGGAUCUGAUCACAAUCGUCGUGCCUCCGGCGCUGCCUGCUACAUUGAGUAUAGGAACGAAUUUUGCUCUUUCAAGACUGAAGAAUCAUAAAAUAUUCUGCAUCAGUCCACAGAGGGUCAAUGUGGGCGGAAAGCUAGAUAUAAUCUGUUUUGAUAAAACUGGAACCCUCACUGAGGACGGACUAGACGUACUCGGGAUUCGGGUCGCCGACAAAAAUGCGAGCUUCUCCGGAUUGAUCUCUACCAUUUAUUUCGAUACCGCAUCCCUGGCGGACAGAACUACUAUACAGAGAGACACUCGUCACGAUAAUAUCCUCUACACCAUGGCAACAUGCCACUCUCUGAGAGUGGUUGAUGGUGAAUUAUUGGGUGACCCUCUCGAUGUCAAAAUGUUUCAGUUCACUGGAUGGUCUUUUAUAGAGGGAGGAAGUCAUGUUGAGCGGUCAGACUCUGAGAGAAUCAUGCCAUCUAUCGCAAAACCUCCAGAGCCCACUGACACCCUUGCUGGUUCCCACCAGGAGCAAAGCCCACACGCACAUGUAGAGCUGGGCAUAUUGCGCAACUUUGAAUUUGUCUCAGAGCUACGUCGUGCAACUGUCAUUGUACGCCGAUUCGGUGAUUCUGGAGCAAGCACUUUCGUAAAAGGUGCCCCAGAAAGUGUUAAGGCUAUAUGUCGCCCAGGAAGCUUGCCCCGUGAUUAUGACGAGCUUUUGAGCUACUAUACACACAAAGGCUAUCGCGUUAUUGCCUGCGCUGCCAAGCAUGCGCCAAAGCUAAGCUGGAUGAAAAUUCAGAAAAUGACUCGUCAUGAUGCUGAGUGUGAUCUUGAAUUUCUCGGGUUCAUUAUAUUUGAGAAUAAGCUUAAGCCGAAGACUGCAGGGACUAUCACUGAACUCAAUCAAGCAGGCAUACGCAACGUCAUGUGCACAGGUGAUAACAUACUCACGGCAGUUAGUGUAGCUCGUGAGUGUGGGUUGGUCAGUAGCAAUGAACAUUGUUUUGUUCCUCAUUUUUCGCAAGGGAAUGGACAUGAUACGGGUGCUUCGCUUUGUUGGGAAAGCGUCGAUGAUCCAGCAAUCAGGCUUGACUCGACUACACUUAUGCCCCAUGUAAAUGCAGCAAGCAUUGACCUUUCGGUGCCGGGCAAUGUUUCCAACCUAAAUAAUUACUCUCUUGCUGUCAGUGGCGAAGUUUUCCGAUGGGCAAUUGACUUCGGCAGCGAAACAAUUCUGAACAGAAUGCUCGUGCGUGGCAGCGUAUUCGCCAGAAUGUCGCCAGAUGAGAAGCAUGAACUUGUUGAAAAGCUGCAGUCCCUCGACUACUGUUGUGGAUUCUGUGGCGACGGCGCAAAUGAUUGCGGCGCCUUGAAAGCUGCUGACGUCGGUAUAUCAUUAUCCGAUGCUGAAGCCUCUGUUGCUGCCCCGUUCACCAGUCGCCAAUUCGAUAUCUCAUGUGUACCCACGCUUAUUAGGGAAGGAAGAGGUGCCUUGGUUACCAGCUUCUGUUGCUUCAAGUACAUGAGUCUUUACUCGGCCAUACAGUUUGCGACUGUGAGCCUAUUGUAUGCGUCAGCGUCAAAUCUUGGUGAUUUCCAGUUCCUCUUCAUUGAUCUAUCUCUGAUCCUACCGAUUGCGAUCUUUAUGGGAUGGACUGACCCCCAUCCUAUACUUUCUCGCAAGCGGCCUACCGCCGACCUCGUCUCACGCAAAGUUCUGAUUCCAUUGCUCGGUCAGAUUACCAUUUGUGUAGCUACGCAGCUUGUGGCAUACAAAUAUGUCCAGCUGCAACCCUGGUUCAACCCUCCCCGCGCGGGCUUAGAGGAUAACAUCGAGAAUUCUGCAAAUACUGUACUUUUCCUGGUCUCUAGCUUCCAAUACAUAUUGUCGAGCGUCGUGCUCAGCGUCGGACCGCCAUUUCGCAAGCCGAUGAUUUCAAACAAACCAUACCUGAUCAUGGUCCUAAUGACUCUACUCUUUUCAUGCUACAUGCUUUUCAGACCGACUCAGUGGCUCAGACGUGUCAUGCAGUUGACGUCUCUCCCAGACUACUUUGCUUGGCAGUUGCUCGCAGUUGUUAGCGGAAGCUUCCUCAUUGCUUGGACGGCAGAAAGAAGAUUUUUUCCCAACCUUGCUCGCAGGGUGGGGAAGUUACAUCAAAAACUACGACCAGGUCAGUCGAAGAAACGCCGUCGAUACAAGAUGCUACUCGAGGAAAUGCGAAAUUAG